ACAAGGGAGAGUCACCCAGGAGGUGUACUUCCUGUAUUUGGUGAGAGAGGAAUGGAGCAGGAGAGAGAGAUAUAGUGAGUCAGCGAGCUUCAUCUCGGGAUCAACAGUAACUGAUCUCAUCAGUGUUGGAGGAAGGAGAACAGAUUGAUUAGUGGGAUAAAGUCCGUGGGCUUUUGUUUAGUUUGUCCAGAUUCUUCUGUUCAUUAACAGCGGCUGUGAAGACAAGACAGAGAGAAAAAGAGGAAGGGGAAGAUAAGUGUCAAUCUGUUCAGACUUGUUUGGGAAUUUGAGCAAGGAAGGAGGGAAGAGGAGGGGUGAAACAGCAAGAGAGAAGGAGGAGAGAGAGAGAGAAGAGCAGAGGGGAGAGGUUGACAGACAGAUUGAGAAGAAAACAUGCUGAGAGAGAGAGGGUCAGGAUUGGAUUAAUGUUGAAAUAGAACUCACCCCCCCCAGCAGAUCUGGAGAGGAAGGAUUGUUUGUGUUGUGCAAUCCUUGUUAGUUCACACUACUGAACUAACUGAGAGCUGCAGAGAGAAGGGAGACUGGACAUCUCUAGCGUACUAAACUCAGGUUCUGAAAAAAGUAUGUUACCAUGGGGACCAAACGCCCCAGUCUGACUCCCUUUGACACAUUUGAUCCAUCCAAUCAAAGUGCUUCCUACUUGAACCCUCAGCCAAUCAGCCAGAUCUGCCGUGAAACAAGUCCCAGACCUGGAACUAUGGCCCGGACAAACAGAGAGAGGGAGAGGAUCCGAGAGGAGGAAUGGAGGAGAGAAAGAGAAAUGGAGAGAUUUAAGGACAAGACAAAAAAUAGAAGAAAAGAGAUGGAACCAGGACCAAGAGAGAGGAACAGAGAGAAGGAAUGUGCCCCCAUAUCCAGAGGGAGGGAGGAGGAAAGGGAAUGGAGAGAGAGAGAAAGGGGGAGAGCGGGAGAGAGACAUGCCAAUGGAAGACCUACUUCAAAACUGGAGAUCAGGAACGACAGAGACAGAGAAAAGGAGAAAAAGAAAGGAGACACGUUUCCUACAAUUAUAAAACAUAGCAAAGAGAGAGACAGAAGAAUGAGUGCAUUUGUGGAGGAAGAUGUGGGGAAAGAAGGAACGAGACAAUUGGAGAGACAGAAGGGAACAGAGAUGGAUGACUGGGAGAGAGAACGAGAGACAGCAGCAAAGAUACAGCGGUAUCGAGAUGCAGAGAGGGACUUCCAAAGGUACAGAGAGAGGGAGAGGGAGAAGGAGAGAAUCAGGGCACAGGAGGACGGGGAGAAAAAUGGAGGGAGGCCCAUGGAGGAUAAGACAUUGAGACGGAGGGAGAGAGCAAGGGAAGCGGAGCCAGAUUUCAGAGAGAGGAGAAGAGAGAGGGACUCAAAGGGCAAUGACCUACGGAGCAAAAGAGAAAGGUAUAUGGAUGGAGAGCGAGAGAGGCCAAAACUCUGGCAGGGAGAAAGGGAAGUUAGAGGAAAAGAGGGAGAUUCACAGAACUAUUCGGAUAGAGAGGGCAGGGAUGGAAGGUGGGAAGGAAAUACAGAGGGCCAGAGGGACACCAGGAGUGAGGGAGACAGUGGUGGAGAGACGUGGAAAGAGAGAGUGAGAGAUGACAACAGAAGAGAACUGAAACAUCUGCACAGUAAAAGUGAGGGGGACACUGAGGGGAACGCAUCAUGGGAUAGAGUGAGAGAGAAAGAGAAAGAUGGACAGAAAUGGAGAGGGGGGGAGAUGUACAGAGAGAGGGAUGGAAGGAAAGAUGCUUAUAGACAGAGAGUGAGGGACGGGGGCAGGGGCAGGGACAUUGAUGGAGAGAGGGAGAUGGACAGAUACAGAGAGAGGAACAGGAGAAAAGCGAGGGAAGUGGAGAGGGAUGGGGUGAGAGAAGGGGGCAGGCGAGAGGACGGACCAAGGGAAAGGAGGGAUCUGGAGAAAGAUGGGGAGAAAACACAGCCCAAUGUAACAGGAGAGAGAGGGAAGCGGAUGGACAGAGAGAGAUUCAGAGAGAGGGAGAGAUAUUCCAAGGGGAAGGAUGAAGAGAGGAGGUGCAGGGAGAAGAGGGACAGAGAGACAGAUCCCAAAAGGGAGGGAGGAGCAGACGGAGCUAGCCGAUCGCCGAGUGAGACAGCCCCAAGGGUGCCACCACGAGCCCAGAGCAGCGGAGAAUGGAGCAGUGAUACAGAGAGGGAAAGAAAAUGGAAAAGAGGAAGAGAAAGUAAUGAAGAGGAGUCAGAGGGAGAGAAGGAUGUGGACAGGGGGCAGAGAGAGUGUGGUGAAAGAGAGAGACCAGAUAGAGUGAGGGGGAGAGAAGAUGGAGAGGAGGAGACGAUACCAAAGUGCCCUGAGCAGCGGAGGAUGUGGUUAGAACCACAGAAGGUCAGAUAUAACAAAGACUCCUCUUUAGAGGAUGAGGUUAGAGAGCGAGAAAGAGAUAGGCACAUUAACAGAUGGAGAGAUAGAAGUGAAGAAGAGGACAGAUCCGUGGAACAAAGGACAGGCAGAAAAAAAGAGAGGAAGGCAGAGGGAGAAGGACAAGAGGAUAGGUCGGUGGAACAAAGAAUGUCCAUAGACGAAGAAAGAGAAACUGUGAGGGAGGGAGGGAGGGAGAUGUAUUUGGAGAGAGGGUUAAAUGUAUAUGAAGAUGAUGAGACAGAAGCCUGGAGGAGUUAUAGCAGAGGAGAGGAACACCAGACUUACAGCGAUGGAGAGAGAGAGGAACUCUGGCAGAGGGACAGGGAGACGGAGAUAGAGAAUGUGACAGAUAACACAGAGGGUGACAGAGAGGAGGAAGAAGAAAGUGAUAGAUAUGCAGAGUGGGAAGGACAGAGGGAUAUAAUCCCUUCCUCUGAGGACGGCUUUAUCACUGUGUGCAGUGGUGGAGAAGAGGAGUUUGAGGACUGCAAAGAAUUCUUGGAGGUUGGGUUCACUAAUCAUGUUACCAGGCAACCUGUUAGCUUUCAGGGGAGCGAGGGAGAGAUGGAGAGAGGUGGAAGGAGAAGACAUGAAAGAGAGAGAGAAAGAACAGAAGAGCAGACAGAGCAAAAAGAUGAUGCAGUGGAGGGAGAGGUGAAUGACGGAAAGGGGAAGAAGCAACCCACCUAUGUAUUCUGUGUGAUUGGACAAACACUGUCCAGGUCAAAACCCAAUCAGACAGCAGUCCUGGGUGACAUGGAAUCAGAGCGGACCAAUCAAAAUCCUGGAUAUGGUCAUAGGGACAGUGGUGACAUCACACACCUCCCUCAUGAGCACCCUUCCAGAGAUGGAGACCAAGGGGCAGAGGAUGAGAGAAAAAUAGUGAGGGAUGAAACCCACGUGCCAAAGGGGGAGAGAACAGACACAGAAGAGAGCUCCAUAGUGGACGUCAGUCACACCACCCUAGAACGAGAGAGCGGAGAACGACUGAAGGUCAUGGAUGAGAACCCAUACGCUGAGAUAGAGCGGAGAAACUCUGAGACCGAAAAUCUCCUCAAAGAGUGGAGAGAAAGACAUAAAGAGUACACAGAAACAAGAGAGAGGGACCCAACAGACAGUAGGAGGACAGAACCAGAGAUAGGUCCAUCUUCACAUCACAGUGGAGAGUACCACCACCAUGGGAUCCCUGUAGUUGACCAAGCCACCUCUGACCAGAAUAACCCUGGAGUGAUGAGCCCAGAGGAAGCUGUGGCCAUCUGUAUAAGGGGAGCCUGGAGCACAGAAGAGGAGGCCAAGCGCCACUCCCAGGCCUCACACAUGAAGUGGGCCAAGAACGUAUUGAGCGAGAUCCUUGGCAGCUCGGAGGAACACGCCCUUGGCAACCCCCAGCCAGAGUCACAGGGAGGUCAAGAGGUCAGCCAGACUGCGAGAGGUACCGAGAGGGUAGAAGAGGAGCUAGAGGAAGAAAAGGAUGAGACGCUAGAGGGGGGAGGAGCCUCAACCGUCUACGCCACGGUUCAGAAGAGGACGAAGCGUGGGAGGAAGUCGGUGGAGGCGAGGCUGGCUGAACGGAAGGCAGAGCCAGGGAAAGUGGAGGAUGAGAGAGGUACAGGGGAGAAACUAACAGACAUGCAUGCUGAGGCUUUCACAGCUAUGCUUGGUGAUGACAAACCCAUAGACAUGCAUGCUGCCCUGACCCUACACAAUACUCAUGGUGACACACCUACAGACAGACAGGGAGAGGAGGUGGAGGGUAACAAUGUGUGUGCGGACAGACAAACAGACAGUCAUAUACAUAUCCAGGUAGAGAUGGUGACAGAGGUUGAGGGUGAGAUAGAGAAAGGGGUUGAAGUUGGGAACGAGGUUCAUAUACUGGAUGCAGAGAAAGAAGUGAAUGCCCAGAAAGAGGAAGAUCUGUUUCUCUCUGUGAGCAACACCCUGUACAAACCAACCAGCUGCCCCAGCCUUAUAUACAACCCUGAUUCAGAACAACCUAUCACCCCCAUAGAGGAAAAGACGGAGGAAGAAGGGGAGAAAGAGAGGACUGUGGGAGAGGGGGAAGAGAAUAGUGUGGUAGAGGAGAAGCAGGAAAGGAGGAUAGAAGAUGGGACCGAGGACAGGGGGAAAGUGGGAGACGCGACUGAGGAGAGGAAAGUGGAAAGGGAGGAGGAGAAGAGGGUAGGAGGGGAAGAGGAGAGGAUGAGGGAGGGCAAGGAAGAGAGUAAUAAAACGGGAGAAGGGGGGGUGAAGAGCACUUGUAGUUUCCAAGAUUUGGGCACCGAUGUUCGGUUUCGGAGGCGGGGGUUCCACAAGACAACAGAAAGAAGAAACGAGGAAGAAGAAGAAGGAAGAGAAGAUGUGAGGGAUCGCAGAACAAGAAUAUUCCAGGCGUCAGAUGAGGAGGUGAGCGUCAACUGGGGAGACGUGGACCUGAGGAAUGUCACGGAUACCAUCAGAAUGGAUAGGAGGAACUCCAAAUUUUACAAUUCCCAGCUCUACCAGGAGUACAGUGAGACAGCUCAGAACAGGGAGAUCUUCAGUCAGUCUUGCUCUGACGCCCUCUCCAUCUACGAGGAGCUCCCUGUCCACCUGUCCCCCGUACCCUCCUCCCUGGCCCCCUCGCUCCCUCCGGCCCGCAGGCCCUUACCCCGUCUCCCCCCAGUCAUCCACCCCCACUCUCUAUCCCACUCUGGCUCUACCUCCAGUGGCACCAGUGCCAAGUUCCUGCCCGUACCACAGCCGCCCCAGGCCCCCCCGGCCAGGACUUCCUCUCCCCGCCUCUCCAUCUCCCUCACCCAGUCCCCCAGCUUGUGGCAGGAGAUCCCUGAGGUCAGGAACAGUGCUGAGUUUGGGGAGCUGACUGACAACCAGAGACGCCUGCAGGAGGUGCAGUUUGAGGUUGUAACUUCGGAAGCGUCGUACUGUCGUAGUCUGGAUAUUGUGGUGGAUCACUUUGUCAAGUCUAAGCAGCUCGGGGAGCUGUUGACUACUCAGGACAGGAGCUGGCUGUUCUCCAGGCUGGCUGAUGUCCGAGCCAUCAGCCACAGUUUUCUGUCGAAGCUGGAAGAGAGGGUAGAAUCUGAUAUGAUGCACUUCACUGUGUGUGACAUCAUCGCUCGCCACUGUCAACGCUUCAAGAAGGUCUACGUGCCCUACCUCACCAACCAAUCAUAUCAGGAUGCCACUUACCAGAGACUCAUGGAUGAGAACCAUGGGUUCAGGCGGGUAGUGGAGAAGUUGGAACGCGGUCCAGUGUGUCAGCGUCUUCCUCUUCGCUCCUUCCUCAUCCUCCCCUUCCAGAGGAUCACACGAAUCAAACUCCUUGUGCAGAACAUUGUGAAGAGAACAGCCCAAGGCACAGAGGAGGAGGUCCAGGCCAUCAAAGCUAUGAAGCUACUGGAGAGGUUGAUCCAGGAGAGCAAUGACAGUAUUACUCAAAUGAAGAGCAUUGAGUCGCUGGUCUCUCUCAGUGCCAGAGUGGACUUUGAAUGCAGGACUCUCCCCCUGGUCAGUCAGUCUCGUAGGCUGGUGAGAGAGGGACCUGUGACUGAGAUGAUGGAUUUCUCUCUGAAGGAGACAGAGAGGAGUGUCUACCUUCACCUUUUCAAUGACUACCUGCUGCUGUCGCUGAACAAAGAAGGGGGCAGGUUCACGGUGAUAGACCAUGCUCCAGUGUCAGAACUGAGAGCUGAGAACUGUCGGGUCAAACUGCACUCUCUAGAGAAGAACCUUUUCCGCCUCCACCUUAACAAGAAAGCCCUGCUACUUAGCACCGACACACAAGGUGAUAAACUGCGUUGGAUCUCAGCUGUCUCCAGGCCCCAUCCUGUUAUUGACUACUCUACAGCUCAAGACUUCACACAGAUGCAGUGCGUCCGAGCCUUCGUUGCCCACCAACCAGACGAGCUGUCCCUGGAGAAGGCAGAGGUCAUUCUCGUCCACCAGCAGAGCAGCGACGGUUGGGUGGAGGGGACCAGGCUGUCAGACAGACACAGAGGAUGGACUCCUGAGUCCCACUUGGAAACCAUAGCCAGCCUCAGGGUCCGACAGCGCAACCUGUUGGACGCUCUAAAAAUUACCACAGCCACGGCUGCAGUUUGACAAACCAACCACUGCCUGACUACGCUGGGGGAAUCCUAGUCACUGUGUUACUGGGGACAUAUGGAUUUGGACAGUGGAUGAAACAUAGUGUUUCAGACUGGAGUUGUCCCUCCCGGCCUCACCCUGCUUAUUGGGGAUGAAUGGCAAGGGGAUGAAUGGCGUUAGAGGGGGUGCCUUAGAGAGAGGCACUGGACUGACAUGAAUACCUUUAACACUUACAGGAGUGUCAACGUAAAUGAUUGGAGGGGUUUGGAGGUGCCUGGGAGUGUCUAGGGUAGCCUUGUAAAUCAAACCCUGGCAAUGAAUGUCGAUGGACUGUUACAGGAUCAUUUGGAAAUCAGCCAUCUAAGAACAUCAGUGGAUUGAGGACCUGUAGCCCCGGAGAAGUACAGAAGUUUCUCCAUAACUACUUUACUUGGGGACUUUAAAAAGACAGUGUUAACACUCGGGCCUCCCGAGUGGCGCAGCAGUCUAAGACACUGCAUCGCAGUGCUAGAGGCUUCACGACAGACCUGGGUUCGAUUCCCAGGCUGUGUUGCAGCCGGCCGCGACCGGGAGACCCAGGAGGCGGCACCCAAUUGGCCCAGCGUCCUCCGGGUUAGGGGAGGGUUUUAGCUGGCCGGGAUGUCCUUGUCCCAUCGCGCUCUAGUGCCUCCUUGUGGCAGGUCGGGCGCAUGCACGCUGACUUUGGUCGCCAAUUGUGCGGUGUUUCCUCCUACACAUUGGUGUGGCUGGCUUCUGGGUUAAGCCAGCAGUGUGUCAAGAAGCAGUUUCGGAAGACACAUGGCUCUCGACCUUCGCCUCUCCCGAGUCCGUACAGGAGUUGCAGCGAUGGGACAAGACUGUAACUACCAAUGGGAUAUCAUGAAAAAGGGGUAAAAAAUAAAACACAAAAAUAAGACAUGGUAUGAUACACCAUGGCAGUGUUUUGCAAUAGAGGUUUUUGUCUUUGAACAAAAUGUUUCUAUAUAUUCAGGGCAAUGUAUUAUUUGUGUAUAUUACAAAGAUUUUAUAAAUGACUUUUAAAAAUAAGUGCAAUUAUCAAAAUAAGCUGUUCUGUCUGUGUUGAGGAAACUGAGAAGUAUGCUUUGGAAAUAAAUGGCCUAUGUGAAAUA